UGGGUUGAGGAUGAUGGGGAAGGGGAGGGAGCAGGGGCCUGAGAAUGAGAAAGAUAGAGUUUGGAGUUGUGGUGGUGAUGACAGUUGGGUGGUUGAGAGGGUUGUGUGCAAUGGGGUUUGUUGCAAAGAGGGGAUGGGGGGCCUAGAGGAUCAUAAAGGAAGAGAGAAUAGAGAUAAGAGAAACAAGGGGGUUAGGGAGUGGUGGUGGUGGUGGCAGCUAAGGUUGAGUGCGAUGAG